UGCCGAAGCUCUUCUUGAGCGCUAUACUAGUACUGAAGUGCUCCCUAAGAUCCUACAAUUUCUGUUCAAUCUCACCACUCGACACACAAGACAAGGCGACACGAGACUCUUCGCUGUAAUAUCGAUCUAGGUAGUGUGGUUCUACUCCAUUGGUCUGAAAUUCGCUUGAUGAGCGAUACGGAAAAAGAUGCAGUGCUUUCGGACGAGGCUCCAGUAGAUGAUGAUGUUGCAUCUAAGACCUUGACUAGUGUUUGGAAGAGGUUCCUUGUUAGGUCCGGCGACGCGUCUGUUGAGAAUGAAACGAAGAGGGCGAUGCAGAGCAGACACCUGAUGAUGAUUGCAUUCGGAGGGACCAUUGGGACGGGUAUUUUCUUGAGCGCUGGAUCUGCUAUCGCUCUGGCUGGGCCAGGAAGUGCUCUGCUCUCGUAUUUUGUUGUCGGGAUGUUUGUGUACAGCGUUGUGAUCAGUUUGGGCGAAAUGUCUGCUAUGUUCCCCGUAUCAGGUGCUUUCUCUGUCUUUGGUAGUAGAUUCGUCUCUCCUGCGCUAGGAUUUACGUUAGGGUGGAAUUACUGGUUUCAGUGGAGUCUUUCAAUACCCAGCGAGCUGACUGCUGCUGCAAUCAUCCUACAGUUUUGGGCGCCGCAAGUCCAGGCCUGGGAAUGGGCGCUCGUCAUUAUUAUCCCCGUUUUCUUGCUUCAACUGAUUCACGUUCGAGUUUAUGGAGAGUCCGAGUACUGGUUUGCUCUCGUCAAGGUCCUUAUGAUUAUAGUUUUCAUCUUUGUCGGGCUCAUCUACGACUGGGGCGGAGUGAAAGGUCAUCCUGGACCGGGUUUAUCGAACUUUCGCAACGGGCAAGCUUUUAUCGGUGGCUUUCAAAAUUUUGCCCAGACUUUCGUCUACGCCUUUUACUCAUUCGGCGGUGUUGAACUGGUGGCAAUUGCUGCGGGAGAGUCCGUUCAACCGCAUAAAACUGUACCUCGGGCUAUCAAGGCUACUUUCCUCCGGAUAGUCCUUUUCUACAUUUUGACCAUCCUAACAAUUGGUCUUUGCAUUAACUGGCAAGACCCUACCUUACUCAGCGCAGCAGACGACUCGGAUGUGACAGCCUCUCCACUGACUGUGGUGUUCCAGCGGGCUGGGUUUGGCGCCGCUGCACACGUCAUCAAUGCUGUCCUGUUGACCGCGGUUUUAUCUGCCACGAAUUCGUGUUUUUACGCGAGUUCACGCAUGCUUCUCUCGUUGGCUAGAUCCGGUCAGGCCCCUCGCAUCUUUGGCUGGGUAACCAGUCGAGGCGUUCCUGUGCCUGCACUCCUCCUGGCGCUCGCAGUAUCGUCCGUGACGUUCCUUACAACAAUCUGGGGGGAGGGGAUCGUGUUCACUUGGCUGCUUAAUCUCACAGGAAUAUCAGCCUUACUUGUGUGGGGCUCGAUAGGUUUCAUCUCUCUGCGUUUUCGUGCAGCGUAUCGAGCUCAGGGGCGUUCGUUGUUGGAUUUGCCUUACACUCAACCUUUCUUUCCUUUGUUACCUGCUGGAGUUGUCGUGCUUGCCUUACUGAUGUUCAUUGCGGAAGGAUAUUCAUCGGUCAAAGAACAGCCAUUUGAAGCCAAGAACGUCGUCGCCACAUACGUUGGUGUUGCCCUUUACAUUGUCCUAUACCUCGGCUAUACUGUCUAUGAGCGAUUUGGACUUGGAAUUCGACAGCAUUUCGUGCCGUUACUCGAAGUAGACUUACAAACCGAUGCUGUUUGGAAACCUGGAGAAGGUGCAAUGAUCAGAGAUAAUGAUGGCAAAGAAGAAGAGGGUACUGCUGUCUCGGUAACACCUGGGUGGCGAACUUGGCUAUCUUACGCAGCUAAACAUGUUUAUUGACUACUCAAUGGAAGCUAUGCUUCAGGCUUUUGGCUUCGGAGCAUCAUUA